GGCCAAUAGGCGUUGGUAACGUGACUCGCCCGGAGCCGUCUCCCUUUUUCGCGUGGGCUGGCGAGCUGAAAGGCCGGGAGCUAUGGAGGAAUACGCCCGGGAACCUUGCCCCUGGCGGAUCGUGGAUGACUGUGGUGGCGCCUUUACUAUGGGAAUGAUUGGUGGAGGUGUCUUUCAGGCAAUCAAAGGCUUUCGCAAUGCUCCAGUGGGUGUCAGGCAUCGAUUCAGAGGCAGCAUCAAUGCUAUCAGAGUCAGAGCACCACAGAUUGGAGGGAGCUUUGCUGUGUGGGGUGGGCUUUUCUCUACCAUUGACUGUGGUCUGGUGAAGAUGCGAGGCAAAGAAGAUCCUUGGAAUUCCAUUACCAGCGGGGCACUCACUGGGGCUGUAUUAGCAUCGCGUAGUGGGCCGUUGGCUAUGGUAGGCUCUGCCAUGAUGGGAGGCAUCUUGCUUGCCUUGAUAGAAGGUGUUGGCAUUUUGUUGACAAGAUAUACAGCCCAGCAAUUCCAAAACCCCAAUCCCUUUGGAGACGAUCCCAGUCAACUGCCUCCCAAAGAUGGUUCACCACCUACAGGAUUUACAGGCUAUGGACAAUAUCAGUGAACCAGUGUGGGGCUUGAACCACUUCUAUUUUUAGAAUCGAGCAAGAGUUUUCCCCCUUGAAACUAAGACAUUCACCCAAGAGUGCAAACAGAGCAUGAAAGGGAUUUGAUUCUUAGAGUUAUCUUUUAAGUUUGGCAGAGGGGAGGGGCAAGGAAAACGUGGUUGGGGGUUUGAGCUGUAUAAUAUCUACCUCUGUGAGGAGUUAAGAAGCUUGCAGUGAUGAAAUGAGGUGCCCCAGGAUUAAUUCCAUACAAUGACGGAACCAAAGCUUUUUAGGAGAACUUGGGAUCCUAGGGUGAUAUUUGCCUGAAAAACUGGGAUGUGCAAUUACAAUUAAUCGACCUAUGGCAAAUUUUAAAUGGCUGUUUUCCUGACUUUCUGAUGGAAGGACUCCUCCAAUUUUCUCUGUUUGGUGGGAACUCCUUUUAAGUUAUCUUUUAAAACUCCGUAAACAAACAAUGCGUUUUCCCAAGCCUUGGAUGAAAGAAUUAUUGUAACAAGGGGAAGCUCUCUGCCACUCUACCAAUGAUGAUAUCCUGUGAUAGGUCUCUUCAUUGUAGUUCAGAUGCCCAUAUGCUAUUGAGCCAGAAUAAGAGAUGCUGCUACCCUGAAUCCUCACCCUUUUCCUUCACUUAGUAGUACUGUUGUUGCUGGUUGCUUAGGUUUAAAAAAAAACAAAACGGAAUGAUGGUGGAUCCAAACAGGGUUUGUGGCCUUGGCUCCCCUUAAAAGACUGGGUAGGCCUCCCUUAGAACUAAGUUUUAUUCCAGUAAAAUGCUGUGCCGGUUCCACCUUUAGAAGAACUAACUAGGACAGAUUGGCAAAACAGAGAGAUGCUUCAGUCUCUUAAUUGCCUAAAAGCCAUCCAGGAUAUUGAAACUGCUA